AUGCGACAACGCCUAGGUUGGUGGACGGACCAUCCGGCCCGAGCCCAAGGACAACACUCUGGAUGGCCUUUCAAACCUCGCAAAGAUAGCUCAUCAAUAUAUUCGGAUCCGGAGAACAAAUACGGCCCACCAACGUCUAUUAAUCACAAGCCCGCCGAAUUCUGGCCGACUACAGGGCGGAUAUUACAUGCCAAGAUUAUGCCAGCACCGUGUCCGUUUGUUCCAGGAGCCGGUUCUGUCUUGCUCUCCGCCUUUACGGGGUUAUCAGGAAGAUUUGACGUUAUGCAGUUGCGGCUUCCUCCUGCUCCGCCAGAUGUCCAGGCGCGUGCCCAAGGUGACACAUUAGUAUACGUCCUUGAAGGGGAGGGCGAACUUAGUGUAUGGGACGCCCGUGAGACCCUCUUUGCGCGUGCUACUGGAUCUAAACUACGAACCGAGACGAGCGUAAUCAGACAAGGCGAUUGUGCAGCGUUUCCUGGCGGGUCUGGGCUGGCCUGGGCAAUAAAGAAUACCGCAGCUAUAGGAAGCAAGGAAGAUCUGGACAUUUUGGUUAUUGAAGAGAAUAUACCAGGCGACAAGGUCGUCUACCCAUGUGCGAAUGAUGUAGUGGAUGCACGCGAACGCGUAGCCAGGGAAGGCGGAAGGUGGUGGGGUGAAAUAGAACACGGAUUGACUGGGAAGAAGCAUUGA